AUGGCCCAACCUCUAAACGCAUUAAACUUGAAUAGUAAACACUUGGAUGCAGAAAAGUUGAUGAUUGAAGAUGAUUGGGAGAUGUUAAUCUCUGUGGCUUUGGGCCAAGUGUUAUCCCUUCUUGUUUGUGGAAUUGGCCUGACCAGCAAGUACCUGGCAGAAGAUUUUCAUGCCAACACACCAGUCUUCCAGAGCUUUCUGAACUACAUCCUCCUCUUCUUGGUUUAUACCACCACCCUAGCUGUCAGACAAGGAGAAGAAAACCUCUUGGCAAUUUUACGACGAAGAUGGUGGAAGUACAUGAUCCUGGGACUUGUAGACUUGGAAGCUAAUUACUUGGUGGUCAAAGCUUACCAGUACACAACUCUGACCAGUGUCCAGCUCCUGGACUGUUUUGUGAUCCCGGUGGUGAUUUUGCUCUCCUGGUUCUUCCUGCUGAUCCGGUACAAGGCUGUGCAUUUCAUCGGCAUCGUGGUCUGCAUCCUGGGCAUGGGCUGCAUGGUGGGAGCAGACGUGCUCGUGGGAAGGCACCAGGGAGCAGGGGAAAAUAAGCUGGUAGGGGACCUCCUGGUCUUGGGAGGAGCCACACUGUACGGCAUCUCCAACGUCUGGGAAGAAUCCAUCAUCCGAACUCUGAGCCGAGUGGAGUUUCUAGGAAUGAUUGGUCUCUUUGGUGCAUUUUUCAGUGGAAUUCAAUUAGCCAUCAUGGAACAUAAGGAGCUGCUAAAGGUACCCUGGGAUUGGCAAAUAGGACUGCUCUAUGUUGGCUUUAGUGCCUGCAUGUUUGGUCUCUACAGCUUCAUGCCAGUCGUCAUAAAGAAAACGAGUGCCACCUCUGUCAACCUUUCUUUGCUCACAGCAGAUCUGUACAGUCUGUUCUGUGGACUCUUUCUCUUCCAUUACAAGUUUUCAGGACUUUACCUCCUGUCUUUCUUCACCAUCCUCAUUGGGCUGGUGCUCUACUCCUCCACCUCCACGUACAUAGCCCAGGAUCCCCGAGUGUACAAGCAAUUCCGUAAUCCUUCAGGACCUGUUGCGGACUUACCCAGCACAGCUCAGGUGGAGCCUUCAGUCACCUAUACCAGCCUGGGCCAGGAGACAGAAGAAGAGCCCCAUGUACGUGUGGCCUAG